UCCCAGACCGUCGCCAAUAGCCCAUUGUGCAGCUCUAGUGCGACGUAAAGUAACAACAACAACAGCAACCUUGUAUAUAAGCAAGCUAAAAGCUGCAAACUGUAAAAAGCUCCAAGGUUAGAAUUCUUUCCCCCGCCAAAUUUUUACUGAAAACUAUUUUAAAAACUACUUGCCUUAACUUUAGAAGACUUUUGCAACUUAAUAUGUGUAAAGAAAAGGUUAAUGAUAUUGUUUUUGAUUUGUAUUUCACUUAAUGUGCUAUUUGGAUUUAGGAGAUUUAUUCAUACUUGGGGACAAGACGUAAUAAAACUAUUAUUCUCAAAUUUAUAUCCAAAACCCUUAUUAAUGUAAAUUACACUCAUAUAAUUGUAAAUCUAUAGAAAGAGCUCUAAGAGGGUUAUUUCCAUGUAGCUCAUAUUCAUAUGAUAUUUCUUGUUAAUACUGAAAACAAAUAUCGAUGGAAUGAUAAAAUAACAUUUUCUUCCUGCUAACAACAAAUAAAAUUUCUGCUGUGCGUGCCUAAAUAAUAAAAAAACGUGCUUUCUAUUCGAUUCAUAUAAUUAAUAAACUAUUCAUGCCGUGUGUGUUAAAUGCUUCUGGGCAAAAGGAGAUAUGAUUAUUGAAGGCAAUAUCUUUCUGUGUUGACAAUAACAUUCUUUGUUGUGGCAGAGUGUCUGGGCAAAGUGUGACACAUAGUUGUAAUGAUGUUCUAAGAGAAAAAUAUUUUCAUAGAAAUUUCUUUGCUUAAAAGUUUCCAAGUGUAGUUAAUGAUUGUUCUACAUAUAAAGUCCUAUGCAAUAAGAAGUAAUUUCAUGUUUUGUGUUCAUAAUAUAGGAAUAAUUUAUUUAAGAAAGCAUGAGGAAUGGAACUAAUUUGCAGUAAUCUAACUAACACGUUCGGCGAACUUUUCCAUGUAGUGCAUUAUUAAAAAGUUGUAAAUUGAUUGCAAUUGCAGUUGAUUAAACUGUCGCUUACAUUUAUAAAGCACAUGUGAUUUGAUAUUUAUAUACAAGUAAUUGAGAUUGUGAUUUUCUUGUUAACACUGAGAAAAUAUUUUUUAUUUGCAGUUUGUGCAAUUUAAAAUUGUUGGAUAAAAUUAAACUUUCUUGACCCUCUCAUAUUUAUGUUAAUUUAUAAGAACACGCAUUUAUCGUUUAUGAUGAAACAUUGAUACAAAAUUUAGCAAUUUUUUUUAAAUAUAUAUAUAUAUCUAUAUUUGUAUUGUCAAACCUUUGAAAUCAGUGACAGUUAAAAAAAAAUUAUGUCUGACUUAAAAAUAUAUAUUGUAUCAUAUUUUUGCAAUGUGCAUAUGAAAUAAAUUGUAAAUGAAAUCUAAUUGGAUAAUUUCAUCUUCAUAAUAGUAAAUUGCAUUACUGUUUAUUUUUGUAUGAAGUUUUCCUAAAAACAUUCAUUUUGCAGUGUGUCAUUCAUAGUGUAUUAAAUUUAAAGGAAUUUCCUACAUGAAGAGGUUCAUUGUCUCUGCCGUUUUUUGUGUAAAAAAACAUAAAGUGAAAUAAUUUAAUUUAGUUUUGUAUGUAUGGUAAAAUAGAAAUAUCAAAGCAAAGUUUGUGGGGGAAAAAAUUUGCAUCUGAUUAUAAUUUAAAUUGAUCCUUUCACAGAUGCUCCUAUUAAUAAAUCAUAUUCUUGUUAUAAAGUGAUCAUAUUUCUGCAGUAUUUUAUUUUGCUUAUUUAAAAAAUUUAGUUGAAGUAAGGGAUUUGAUGCUACAUGAUCAGCUUGUAAUAUGUGUUAUUGAAGUGUAUUAAAUGACUUACUUUUGUAGUGAAAAUUAUUUUGAAUUAUUGCCUUCAUUUUAAUUAAUGGUUAAUUAUUUUUCCAUUGUCUAGUUCUAGCUAUUUGUAUCAAACAAGCAAAAGAAGGAGCAAAAAUUUUAUUUUAAAUGGAAAAUUUAUAUUUUUUCUUAUAUUUAUGUAUUUUUAUUUUAAAUCAUUGCAAAAUGGAUAUGUGUCUUCAUUUCUUGCAGCAUAUUUAGGAUUGUUAUUUAAUAGAUCUUACUCAACUACACACAAUUUAUCUACACUUAUGAUUAUUGCUUUAGUAGCACCUUCAAAAGUGUUUUUAUACAAUAUUUUAUGUAGCAUUCUGGUAGUGUAGUGAUUUAUUUUUAAUGCUAACAAAGAGAGACCCAUACUUAAUACAAGUCAUAUAAGCUGGAAUCUUAUUUCUUGCAUUUUGUGUAAUUAGAAUUUUCUUCAAAUUAUUCACAUUUGCCUUCACACUGUUAAGAAACCUUUUUUGUGCAGUAUGAGUAAAUAAAAUUUUUCACAGAAAAGUAAACAUAUACUGUAAAAGUGUUUUUCAACCUGUAAGAUAACCUUAUUCUUGUAAUAUAUAUGUAACUAAAUUUUUUCAAAAAGAAGUAAUCUCACUAAAAACUGCACAUUUCAUAUUGGUUAGAAAUCCUCUUGUAGCAUAAAAAGAGUACAAUAAGAGUUUUUCACAGAGAUAUCUUACUAAGUACAAUUGUAUAAAUAUGGGUGAGAAGCCUUAUUCUUGUAGUAUAUGUAAUAAGAGUUUUUCACGUAGAAAUCAAUUGACUGUACAUUAUCGUGUUCAUACAGGUGAGAAGCCUUAUUCUUGUAGUAUAUGUAAUAAGAGUUUUUCAUGUAGAAGUCAAUUGACUGUACAUUAUCGUGUUCAUACAGGUGAGAAGCCUUAUUCUUGUAGUAUAUGUAAUAAGAGUUUUUCACAAAGAGGUCAACUGACUGAACACGCUUGUAUUCAUACUGGUGAGAAGCCCUAUUCUUGUAGUAUAUGUAAUAAGAGUUUUUCACGUAGAAGUCUACUGACUGAACAUUAUCGUGUUCAUACAGGUGAGAAGCCUUAUUCUUGUAGUAAAUGUAAUAAGAAAUUUUCAUCCAGAUCUAAAUUGACUAAACAUAGUAGUGUUCAUACUAGUGAGAAACCUUAUUCUUGUAGCAUAUGUAAUAAAAGUUUUUCACAAAGACGUCUACUGACUAUACACAGUCGUGUUCAUACCAGUGAGAAGCCUUAUUCUUGUAGUAUAUGUUCUAAGAGAUUUUCAUUUAAAUGUAAUUUGACUCGACAUAGUCGUGUUCAUACUGGUGAGAAACCUUAUUCUUGUAGUAAAUGUAAUAAGAAAUUUUCAAGUAGAGCUUAUUUGACGCUACAUAAUUGUGUUCAUACCAGUGAGAAACCUUAUUCUUGUAGUAUAUGCAAUAAGAGUUUUGCACAAAAAGAUCUACUGACUGAACACAGUCACGUUCAUACAAGUAAGAACCCUUAUUCUUGUAGUAUAUGUUCUAAGAGAUUUUCAUUAAAAUGUAAUUUGACUCGACAUAGUCGUGUUCAUACUGGUGAGAAACCUUAUUCUUGUAGUAAAUGUGAUAAGAAAUUUUCAAGUAGAGCUUAUUUGACGCUACAUAAUCGUGUUCAUACUGGUGAGAAACCAUAUUCUUGUAGUGUAUGUAAUAAGAGUUUUACAUCAAGAAGUCAAUUGACAGCACACAGUCGUGUUCAUACAAGUGAGAAGCCAUGUUCUUGUAGUAUAUGUUAUAAGAGAUUUUCAACAAAAGGUGAAUUGACUGUACAUUGUCGUGUUCAUACAGAUGAGAAGCCUUAUUCUUGUAAUAUAUGUAAUAAGAGAUUUUCAGAUAGAAGUAAUUUGACUCGACAUAGUCGUCAUCAUACCGGUGGGAAACCUUAUUCUUGUAGUUUAUGUAGUAAGAGUUUUUCUCGAAGCGAUAGUCUAUUGAAGCACAUUCGAGUUCAUACUGGUGAGAAACCUUAUUCUUGUAGUAUAUGUAAUAAGAGUUUUUCUCGUAGAGAGAGUCUAUAUCCGCACAUUCGAGUUCAUACCGGGGAGAAACCUUAUUCUUGUAGUAUAUGUAAUAAGAGUUUUUCACAAAAAGAUCAACUGACUAGACACAAUCGUGUUCAUGCUGGUGAGAAACCUUAUUCUUGUAGUAAAUGUAAUUCAAGAUUUUCAAGUAAAGCUUAUUUGACGCUUCAUAGUAGAGUUCAUAUCGGUGAGAAACCUUAUUCUUGUAGUAUAUGUAAUAAGAGUUUUGCUCAGAGGUAUAAACUGACUGAACACUGCCGUGUUCAUACAAGCGAGAAGCCUUAUUCUUGUAGUAUAUGUCAUAAAAGAUUUUCAAUAAAGUGUAAUUUGACUCGACAUAGUCGCGUUCAUACAGAUGAGAAGCCUUAUUCUUGUAAUAUAUGUGAUAAGAGAUUUUCAGAUAGGGGUAAUUUGCCUCGACAUAGUCGUCUUCAUACUGGUGAGAAACCUUAUUCUUGUAGUAUAUGUAAUAAGAGUUUUUCACAGAGACAUCAACUGACUAGACACAGUCAUGUUCAUACUGGGGAAUAAACCUUAUUCUUGUAGUAUAUGUUAACAGAGUUUUUCACAAAUAGUUCUAUUAAAUAAGCACAUUUGUGUUCAUACUGCUGAAAAAUCUUUUUCGUGUAAUAUAUGUAAUAAGACUUUUUCAAGAAAGGAUUACCGAACUCGUCAUAUUCAUGUUCACACUGUUAAGAAGCUGUUGCAUGCAAAAAAAAAAAAAAAAUUUUUUUUUUACUUAAAGAGCAUUUAACUCAUCAUAGUUUUAUUCAUGCUGGUUAAAAACUGCAUUUUUAUAAUAUGUUUCAAAAGAGUUUUUUUUUUCUUCAAAAGACUGACUUUGAUGUUUGUGUUUGAACUGGUGAGAAACUUUUUUGAUGUACCAUAAUGUAAUAAGAGUUUUUCUCUGAAAUGUCAUCUGACUAAAUACAGUGUUGUUCCUACUAGCAACACAGCAUAUCUUUGAAGUAUGUUAUGAAGUAGUUUUUUCUAAAUAAUAGUGAUCUGAAUAUUUACACUCGUGUUCAUACUGGUUGAGAAACCAUAUUCUUGUAUCACCUCUAAUUAGAUAAGUCUAUCUUAACUAGAGCUAAUCGAACUAAUCAUUGUUUUGUUGAUCCUGCUGAAAAACAUAAUUCUUGUCGCACAUGUCAAAAGAAUCACAUUCUGAUCAUACUGGUGCAUUUAUUUUUGCGGCAUAUGUAAAAAGUGACUGGCUGAAUAUAGACCAUUUCUAACUGAGGAAAGAUUUUCUUGCUUCCAUUAUAAGUAAAAAAUUUCACAGAAGUGUCAUUAGACUUAACACAAUUUAAUGAAUCUGAAGUGUUUUUUAUUUAGUAUUUUAUAAUGCAGUUUUUAUUGUAUUUUUUUAUUUUUAUACUUAUAUAAUGCAUGUAAAAUAAGCUCCAGUAUUGAAAAGUUGUGGAUUAAAAUGCAUUCUUGUAAACACAUCUUAGUAGAAGUUGUAACCUUGGUUACUGGUUAUAAAUUGUUUUUUAUUCUCUCAGCAUUAAAAUCCUGAGUUGUAGGUGAUAUUUUUAAUAAUACAGUAGGGAACCGAUUAUCCGGGACCAUCGCUAUUCCGGAUAACUGAUAUUUCCGAUUUUCUGAAUCACUAUAAAAAGCCGUUUUUUAUUGUUAAACCCAAGUAAAAAAUAUAUAUAUAUAUAUUUGGAAAUAAUCUUAAAAA